GCGUCUUUAGAACGUUGACAACAAUGGCAAUCUCGCGACAAUAGUGACGGAGGUGCAACCCACAGAGUUUGGUCAGAGAUACUCAGAGUCGGUACUUUUGAGGAGUUGGGAAACUCCUUUGGAAUCAUAUUAAUGUACCUUGCUCAUGAUAGGACAAGGAGUGCUGUCCUUCAAAUAGUGAAUGGGAGUCAAACUGGGCGCCAGAUCAAAAACCCAAUAUUAGCAUUAAUUUCGUCAACAAGAACUACAACAUUACAAAUAUUUUCCGAGAUGUGAGAUAAUUAACUCGUUCUCUGUAAUACCGUAUUGCUUUGGAAUUGUGACCUUAUGUACUUUCGAGAAAAAUAGGCAGGUUUCUCGAGUCAUUCCCUGACUUUGAGAAGGGAUUGCAAGACAAUUAGUUUAGCAACUACGUGACAAAACAUGACAACGUGAACGCGAUUGGUCUACAGUCUGCUAGAUAGACUUAUAUGUUCCUCCAUUCAUUCCUAUUUGUAUUCUCUCUGGUUUGGUGUACACUUUUCGUCAAUGUUUGGCGUCUCGUUUCCAUAACAACAGAAGAUACCAACAGGAAGUACAGAGGUGUAACCGUCCUGAAACUGGAAAUGCAGGCUUCUCGCGUCGGAGUGGUCAGGGACUCCAUGCUGGCUAAUCCUCUUUUAAUUAGGCCAGCGCUUGGGAAGACCAAGUCUAAAGGGUUGACAUGUCUUGGACCUGACUUUGUGUACGGAACUGUUGCGACCAUCCAGGACGGAGGAGUCUCAGAAGCCUUGUCCAACUGGCACACACACUCCCUACCCACCAGUGGCAGUAGAGGCCACUCCAGGAGGCCUGGGAAGGACUUUGUGGCUCUGAACCGCGAGGGGGUGAAGUCUGGCCUGGUGACUGCCAAGGAGCAUUAUCAGUACCGCGCCACCCACGACAGGAGACAAGCCUCCCUUGCCAGAAGGGGCUCCCGUGUCCCUGUGCCCCCUCGCAUCCCCCCUGACACUACCUUUGGCAUCUCGACACAGCCAUCCACUCCCAUCUGUGAGCUUCUGGAGCACAAGUACGCUCAGCGCUGGUUAGAGGAGCAGCAGGCCAAGGAGAGAGCCCUGGAGGAGAGGCAGCUCAACUUGCCUAAGCUGGGCCGCAUUCAGGAGACACGGACAACUCUGUUGAGGAAGAGUCGGCCGAUGCCUGAGUCCACCCCGCUGUGGAAGCUUCCCCGCUUCCAGCAGGUUGGCCCAGCUCUGGACACAUUCCGGGAUCCAUAUGCUAGAAAGAAGGCCUUCAAUGCACACUUCUCAGACUCAGUGGCACGGACAGGACAGCUGGGCCAGGGAACCUACACUGUGGGCUAAAACAUACAUAGAGAAGAGUCUAUGUAGUAACUGUUGGGGUAGGGAGUAGGGGUGCAAAGUCUUAUUUUCCAACCAGCCUUAAUCAAAUUGCUCUCAGAUGCAAUCAACCUAUAUAUAUAUAUAUAUAUAUAUAUAUAUAUUACUCAUACUGACAAUAUUAUUAUCAUGGGAUUUUACUGAUUUCUACAACUCCUCAAUUACAGAUUGUACUUUGAGUUUGUUGGCAAAAAAACAGAUAUUGUACUUCCGGCCGGACUUACACUGUUACCACCACAAGGAUUUGUAAUAUGUUUGUAGACUACACUACUCUUUAACUCAGCGAGAAGGUAAAGUACAAAACACUCAAAUGCUAUGAAUGUGUUCCAGGAAAAAUAAAGGAAAAAUAUUAAGUUAUUCAAAUAUGCUAA